AUGACAUCGGGUGGUGGUGUCCACUACAAGUCCAUGUUUGAUGCCGGUUCACAAAUCAUUGCCAAGGAAGGUGUCAAGUCAUUGUUCAAGGGUGCUGGUGCCAACAUUCUCCGUGGUGUUGCUGGCGCUGGUGUCUUGUCGCUCUACGAUAAGUUACAAGUCAUCAUGUUCGGCAAGGUCUACAGCGGUGGUACGGUUAUUUGUAUUCCCUUCAUGACCUACAUUGAUAAACUUGUGCAGGAUCUGGCUAAACGACUAAUCUUCCUGACCCCACAUUGUGGAGGACAU